GCGGCGGCGACCGUCGGCGCCGCGCUCGACGACACCUGGCAGCGCCACAUCUACAAGGAGAUGAACAACGGCAGUCGGCACCUGCGCGGCGCCUGGCAGGCGUACUGGCUUAACGAGCUGGCGCAGGUGGACGCGCACCUCAACCCCAAGCAGAUCCGCGUCCAGGGCUUCGACGGCCACAGCGGCGCCGUGCGCGAGAUGCACGUGCUCGACAACGAGAACAGCUUCGUGUCGGCCAGCCGCGACAAGACGGUCAAGCUCUGGUCUAUCCGCAGCCAGGGGGACGGCAGCCAGCGCUCGACACCCCAAUGGACGUACAGCCAGCACCGGCGGCCGGUGCUGGGCGCCACCUACCUGCCGGCCCGGCAGCGGGUGGCCUCGUGCGACCCCCAGACGCUGCACCUCUGGGACCCGUUCAUCGGCGCUGCUGACGCUCAGGUCGAGCUGGGCAGCAUCAGCGUCAUGGCUGCGGUUCCGGCGCCGUGCCCGUACCUGUUCUGUGGAUCCAGCGAGCCCAGCCUGCGGCUGGUGGACACGCGCAUCGGUGCUGCUGUCUGCACCUGGAAGGGCGCCCUCGCCGUGCUCGAUCUACGUACCGGUACGGUGCGUGCCGCCUGGAAGGCUCACGAGGCUGAGGUGCGGCAGGUGGCGGCGCUCGAUGACGCCAGCCUGGUGACGUGUUCGGUGGAGCCGAGCCUGACUGUCUGGGAGACCGCCGACGGCGCGGCACGUACCACGCUCCGCGGCAGCGAGCCGGGCGCCGUCUUCUCCUCCACCAAGCUGAAGCCCGAGUGCUUCAAAGGCGUGCUCUCCUCGAUGGCCCUACUGAGCGCCAAUCGGCUGCUGCUGCUGGGGUCGGACCAGGGUUCCAUACGGCUCAUCUACUGA